AUGUUCAAUUCACCGCGGCCAGCACAAAGAUAUGGAGGAAAUACAUCCGCAGGACUUGGUCGAAGCUUUGUAGAUGAGGAUCCUCUGGGUAGCUCAGCAUACGACGGUCUAGACCCAUGGAGUGCAGCUCCCAGUCCAUCCUCGACACCAGCACCACCUGCUUACUCUGUAUUCAGCUCCGUAAUUGCGGAUGCAACCGUGCCAUCGGUGUAUACCCGUGCUUUCGCGGCGGUUGAUCCUGGAAAUAUCGGAGAGACGUCAGUGAACUCACUUUCCAGAGUUUUAGCUACGGCCUCCCUUCCAGCAUCCACUAUCGACAAGAUCGUGAACAUUGUCAGUUCCAAACCGCGGGUCUCCAAGCUUGAAUUUUUCGUUGCCUUAGCCCUAGUUGCUCUCGCGCAGUCGGGUAAAGAGGUUAGCAUUGAACAAGUCGCAGCCUUGUCAUCUCAGAAUGAACUACCCGAGCCAACUCUUGAUCUUAAUUCUCUACAACCUUCUGCCUCCACCUUCCCCGUACCGGUUCCGAGCUAUACGCAAGACACUGCAAUUCGUUCUCCAGCGCCUCACUAUACUCCCGAUGACCCAUGGGACACGACUACGCGAUAUAUGUCUGCACCGUCUAAUAUGAGUGGAUUUGGAAACAGCGGCUUCGGCCCCGGCGCACCAUCGACGGUUACUGGUACGGGGCUUUCCAAAGACUGGUGGAAGAAUCAGAAAAGUGUCUCCGUGACUAUCCAAGGGCAGCAGGGAUUCAUAUUAAAUCGAUACACUGUCUACCAGAUUUCGACGGAAAGAGGUCCCUCUGUAAUUCGCCGAUACUCUGAAUUCGUCUUCCUCUGGGAUUGCCUAUAUCGACGUUAUCCUUUCCGAUUAUUUCCUGCGCUUCCGCCUAAGCGAAUUGGACCGGACGAGUACUUUUUAGAGCAAAGAAGGAAGGGCCUAGCAAGAUGUUUAAACUAUGUGAUCAAUCAUCCUGUCAUCAAAGACGAUGGCGUCCUCUCCGUGUUUCUUUCUGAAACUUCUCUCGAAGAAUGGCGCAAACACACUUCAAUAUCCCUCGAUGAGGAAUCUGCCAGUAAACGAAUUGACCGGGCGGAGGAGAUGAGCAUUCCAAGCGAUCUGGAAGAUAAAAUCACAACAAUUCGUCGUCGAGUAAGUCCACUAAUCGAACAGUGGCAACGCAUCUGUAUUUUGGCAGAGCGAAUCAUCAAGAGACGUGAAGCCGCAGCGGUACGGAUGUCUUCCCAAUUUCGGCGUCCCUUGAUACCGGCUCAUCUGCUCCCUCUAUUUUCUCCUUCUCACCAACGUUCUUUUUCGGAUUCUGCUUCCGUCACGUCGUCCGCUGCAUUCUCGGCGUCUGGAAUGUCUGCAACGUCAACUUUGUCACAAUCGACAACGUUGAACCACUCUAUGACUGGCUCUCUUCCGGGUGUGGAUUUUUUGGGCCUUCAGGGUGAUCUGUCGAGGUUGACUAAUACAUUGAGAGCCGUUAUCGAGGUCGGGGAUCCAUGUUGGAGAGGGGACGAGUGCGAGCUUUCAAGUGGUGUGAGGACGGGGUUGGAACAAGUCGCUUCUCAUUUUGGAAGACAUUCCGAACUAUCAGAAAGCCGGACACGUGUUUUGCUGGAUACCACACUCGAAGCUGUCAAAACUCAACGGGAUCUCUACAUCGCGGUCCGCGAUUUGUUUAUUCGCCAUGAUCGUCUUUCCCUCGAUCAAGUGGAACGCUUAAAGAAGCGCGUGGAGACAACCUCGUUGAAGCUCGAUGGUAUAAAGGCAGCUCAAAAAGAUGGAUGGCAAGACGAUGCCGAUAAACUCGUAGCUGCUAUCGAAAAAGACCAAGCCACUAUUGCCGCUCAACUAAGUCGCAGAGUUUUCAUCCGUGCUUGCUUGUGGCAUGAGCUCCGUGUCAUACUACACAAUAGAGAAAACACACUUUUAACGGUCAUGACACAAUCGUUUGGUCGCGAGGAGCAGGAAUAUGCGGAAGCUAUCUUGAAUAAUUGGUCGUCUCUUACUGAGGCUGUCGAAGGGAUGCCCUUCGAAUGA